GGAACAAAAUCUCAGAAGAACAAAAUCCAUUGCCAAAAUCCCAAGGUUUUCCUAAAUCGGUACGUUUCGUGUUGCUCACAACCGUAGAAUUUCCAGAUGAAAAUUUAAAAUCCAAUUGCUAUCGAAGCAAGUAAAGAUGGAAAUUUGAAUCCCGUUGUUGUGGUUGUUUGUAGAGCGAGCAAGCGGGAGGGAUGGAGGGUGUGAUGUCAGCAAAUGACCAGCAGAGCCUGGUGUCUUCGUUUUUGGAGAUCGCCGUCGGACAGACCGCCGAUACUGCCCGGCAGUUUCUGCAGGCCACUGGGUGGAAGCUUGAGGAAGCAAUUCAGCUCUUUUAUGUGGGUAAUGAAACUGGGAUAAUGGCCGAGGCGGCGCCACUACCGACUGAAAAUAUUGAUCGGUUGGCCGAUCAAGCUUCUGGUGUAAAUGAAAAUGUGGCACUUCCCGGUGCGAAUGAGAAUGUGGGACAAUUCAGCGAAGAUGAGGUGCGCGCGCCUAUGCCUGUUAUAAGGGACGUUCUUUAUGACGAUAUGGCACUGUAUGGAGCACCAAGGGCUCGAUUGUCACAACAUGAACAGGGUCCUGGGGUAUGGGAAUCAGACCAAGGUGCUACAUCCUCAGAAAAUGCUACUCAAGAGAAUCUUGCAUCCUUAUAUCGUCCUCCCUUUAAGAUACUGUUCCAGGGUUCCUUUGAAAAGGCAAAAAGUGCUGCUUCUGUCCAGGACAAAUGGCUACUGGUGAACUUGCAAUCCACUAAAGAGUUCAGCUCGCAUAUGCUUAAUCGAGACACCUGGGCCAAUGAAGCUGUCUCUCAAACCAUUAUUACUAAUUUUAUCUUCUGGCAGACCUAUGAUGAUACAACUGAAGGCAAGAAGGUUUGCACAUACUACAAGUUGGAAUCUAUGCCUGUAGUGAUCCUUAUUGACCCAAUUACUGGACAAAAAAUGCGUUCAUGGAAUGGAAUGGUUCACCCGGAUCGUUUUCUAGAGGAUCUACUACUCUUCUUGGAUGGUGGCCCUCGGGAUCAUCAUGUAACUUUGUCCAAUAAACGCCCAAGAGAAACUGCUCAUCCACAAAAAACUAAAGUUGCAGAGGAAGCUAAUGAAGAAGAUGAGGAAAUGCAGCGCGCAUUGGCAGCUUCCAUGGAAGGCAUGAAGGAGACCAGUGGAACAAUAUCCAAGGACAAAGAUGAAAUUAUCACUGACAAGGAGGAAGAAACUAGCUCAAUCAAGAUGCCUACAUACCCACCUUUGCCUGAAGAACCCAAGGGUGACAGGAACCUCCUAUGCAGAGUUGGAGUCCGUCUUCCAGACGGUCGCAGGGUCCAGCGGAACUUCCUUCGUAUUGAUCCAAUUCAGCUGUUGUGGUCAUUCUGCUAUUCCCAACUAACGGAAGUCGAGGCAAGGCCAUUUCAGUUGACACAGGCAAUCCCAGGAGCUUCAAAGAAUCUGGAUUAUGAUUGUCAAUCUACUUUUGAAGAAUCAGGUCUGGCCAACUCUAUGGUCUCGGUUACUUGGGAAUGAAUGGACAUAUUCAUGCUCGGUAGGCUGCCUUACGCGUCUCCAACUGUUACGAUUGUGCCUGAUGAAGAAUUUUCUGGUUGUCAUUUUGUUUAUACUUUUGUUUUCAGGACCUACUAGGUAGGUCCUGUUUCGUGGAUGGGGGGAGUUGGGGAUACAGAUUUUUUUGUGUGCGAUUUAUAAUGUGUAUACUCAUGCAAGGGCAUGCUACCUAUCUACACUCCACACUUGUUUAUGCCUAAGCGCUUCUCUAGAAAGCACUUGUGCUUGUAAGCGCAUUUGUUAGAAACACUUUUUAUUACCAGUUGAAGUGCUUCCCAAAGCACUGGUAAUUUGAAAUCAAAUGAUAUGUGCAAUUUUCUCA